UUUGCAUCUGCAGGUGGAGCCUUGUACCAGCCCGUGACCAUGGUGACAUCGCAGGGCCAGGUCCUCGCCCAAGCCAUCGCCCCCGGCGCCCUGCAGAUCCCCAGCACCCAGGUGAACCUGGAUCUCACCUCCCUCCUUGAUGGUGAGGACAAGAAGUCCAAGAACAAGCGAGGUGUCCUGCCCAAACAUGCCACCAACAUCAUGCGCUCCUGGCUCUUCCAGCACCUCAUGCACCCCUACCCCACAGAGGACGAGAAGAGACAAAUCGCCGCCCAAACCAACCUGACCCUCUUGCAAGUCAACAACUGGUUCAUCAACGCCCGGCGGCGCAUCCUGCAGCCCAUGCUGGACGCCAGCAACCCAGACCCAGCCCCCAAAGCCAAGAAGAUCAAAUCCCAGCACCGACCCACCCAGAGGUUCUGGCCCAACUCCAUCGCCGCCGGGGCCCUGCAGCAGCAAGGGGGCAACUCGGGGACGAAUCCUGACGGCUCGCUCAGCAUGGACAACCUGCAACCCCUCUCCUCAGCCACGGCCACCACGGCCCUGCACCAGGCCCUGCCGGCGGCCCAGCAGGCCAUGCUGGCGGCCCACGACGACUCCCUCGACGGCACCGAGGAGGAGGAGGAGGACGAGGAGGAGGAGGAGGAGAUGGAGGAGGAGGAGGAAGAGGAGGAAGAGCUGGAGGAAGAACCUGGCGGCCUCCCGGCGGCGUCCAGCGCCGACCUGGGCUUGGACCACAGUGACUCGCUGGAGUAG